AUGCAAUAAUAACAAAUACAAAAACAAAAUUAAGCUGCCUUAAAUUAAGAAUAAGAACUCAAACUUAAAUAACAAUAAUAAGAAAUUUUAAGCAACAUGCACUAAAUUAAUCAAUAAUCGGCAAAUACAAUGCUUACAGUAUUUUUUCUAUUAAUCAUUUAAAUUAGCUUCAUAAUCAAGGGUAAAAAAUCGAUUAAUUUGAAUAAAAUUUAGAUAAAAAUUAAGAGAAGCUUCAUAAAAUUGAUUACAUUUUGGAUAUUAUUAAAUCUCCCUGGGGUUAAUUUAAAGCCUUAUUCAAAAAACCUAAAACAGAAAAGAAUGAUUAAAAUGAUAAAUUUUAAAAAAAUUAACAAGAAAUUCAAUAACCAAACUAACUUGAAGUUAAUGACAUUUAUGAUGAAAUGAUUAAUCAAACAAAUUAAAUGAAAUAUUAACAACUUCUAACUAACUAAACCAUAAAAAAUCAAAAUUCUUAAUUGGAUAAAAUCAAUUAAAAGGCUGAUAAAUAAACUGUUCAGAUGGCCUAAUAAAACCAAAAAAUUGAAAAGAUUAUUAAAUGAGAA